UUUCUAUUGAAAUUGAUGAGAAUGAUGAUAUCGAAAGUCAAAUUAAAACUAUUUGGAAAAAAGUCUCAUAUAGUGAAAAUGAUUAUCAAUAUUCAAGAGUCUUAUAUAUUCAUACACUUU